AUGGUGCAUAUGUCCGAGGACCAGGUGAUCCAAUUUUCACUAGAUGAGGUUCAGUCCACCAAGCUCCGUGCAUCACGCACAGUGCUAGGACGAUUGUUCACUACCGACCAAAUCUCGACGCUGGAAUUGCGAGAUGCGCUGGUUGAUGCCUGGCAGAUCAAGGGGCGGGUGAGAGUUUCCACGACUAGCCAUGGUUUGUUUGAAAUCAUGCUGCCAAACUUAGAGGCGAAAAGCUGGGCGUUGAAGCUAUCCCCAUGGAUUAUCAAUGACAAGCUCCUCAUUCUCCGGGCCUGGGUUCCCUCGAUCCCCAGGAAGAUAUUCGAGGAGAUAGCUGUGGCGCCUUUUCGUAUCCAACUCUGGGGUGUGAAGGAGGAUUGCUGCACCAAGCUAUUUGGGCGGAAGAUGGUGGCAACAGCCAUUGGCCAAGUCCUGGACUUGGAUGUGUUUGCUUGCACGGAUACAGGGGAGCGAUUUAUUAAAGUUCGUGCGCUCAUUGAUUUUGCCAAACCGCUUCGCUCCCAACUGAUGGCGGCUAGUGAUGAAGUUGAUAAUUUUUGGGUGACCCUGAAAUAUGAGUUUCUUCCUAGCUUUUGUUAUCAUUGUGGCCGAGUGGGUCACGCUCGGAGUGAAUGUUUGUUUGAGUCGCCUAAGGGCAGAGAGCGUUUUGGACCUCACAUGUCGACGAAGAAGAUGGGGAGAAGAAUCUAUGAUGAAGAGACGAUACCAUGA